UUGUAGCGCGAGCCUUCUCAUACAUUGAUCGACUACUAGACUCUAACCCGCAAGGACUUCGUCACGAUCUGGGCCCCGCGGGCCCCGUGGGCCGGUUCGUCCACCAUGCGCACUCGCUCAGGCUACACGCGGCUACCUCCAGAUCAUGACGAGUAUAGCAAGGGGGAGGACCUCCGCUUCAAGGCUCCGGAGCCCGAAGUCCCCAAGGCAUCCAUCGCACUGGCGAUAUUCCUGAUGGUCUUUGGCAUCUUCGCCUUCGUGGCAGCAUGGCUGCACUUCACGCAGCGUGUGCUAGGCAAGGAGCAGGCGGAGAUUGGUUUCACAAUACUGGGCUUCAUGACAUUCAUGCCAGGCGCCUAUCACACCUACCUGGCGUAUGGUGCGUGGAAGCGCUGGCCCGGCUUCCGGUGGGACAGCAUCCCGCAGUUCUGAGGGCCGCACCUCCACCGCACUGGCACUUCCCGAAAGGCGGCGGCGGACUGCCCACAUGACGUCACGAGAGGGGUGCGGUUAGUUAGCACCAGGAGAAGAAGAACCCCACCAGGAGAAGGAAGACUUCAGGGCGCGGGUGACAUUCGGAAGGCGAUACCGCGUGGGUACAGGGCAUGGAAUGUGUCCCAGCGGUAUUUGGCGGAAGCAUGGAUGGAGGAGGAGAGCAUGGAAGAGGAGGAUGGCGAGCGCCUGGAGGAGGAAAGCAGAGGAGGCGUUGUGCUCUGGGGGCACACCAACACGGAACUGGGCUGUGUAGUGCGCGUUGGGACUUUGAAAAUGACAUUAGACGCUUGGGUUGUUGAGUGCAGCUGGUGCGGGAUCAGGGAGGUUGGGUGGAGGGAGGGGUGCUGCUGAGGGAGUCGUGGUGGCUGGCGGUUAGGAGGUAGGUGUGCAGGGGACCGUGGCGCAUGGUGCAUCGGGUGCGGCCAUGGGUUUGGAAGGGCCUGUGGAGAUCCUUCUUGUACGGUAUGAGGCGACGGAUCUGUACGGUGUACAUCUGGGGUGCACACCUAGAAUGCACCUUCUCCCGGGAGAGUCCACUGCAUGGGGCACCUGCAUGCUAACUUGCCAAGGCGACACUUAACAGAAGACAUGAGGCUUACAGAAGACAAGGG